AUGUCGUCCCGCCCGAGUCGAUAUCGAUCAUCAACCUCCGCGUCGACGCCCCUUGCGUCUUCCAAGGCGGUGGAAGUGCUUCAGAGGCUCCUUGAUACUAUAUCUGCAAUUGUUGCCCCCCACACGAGAUACGAAUACCCUGCCGUCGACGAGCUGCUUCCCCAGAUCAGCCGGGUCCAGCAGCACCUGGCUGCGCCUGCACCACCGAGCUCCGUACAAGACGACUUCAGACAUCUUCGAGGGUUCCAACGCAUUUUUGACAUUCUGAGGGCCUUUUCUGGCUUCUAUAACCCGCCCAAACGGACAGAGCAAGAAAAGAAGGGCCUCUUCUGUCUCCUCGAUGCAGUCCUCAGCCUUCUGUCUGCGGCGUUUGUCGCCCACCCCGGGAACAGGCGCUACUUUCGCACGAGGGUAGAGGGUGGUGGAUGGGAGGCCUUGGAGCAGACAAUAGCCAGCAUUGGACUUGGUGGGAGCGAGUUGGACUUCUGGACCAGCGGCCAGCUGUUUGGCAAGCUCCUUUCCUUCUCGUUGAACGAUCGCGCUCUUGACGAUCUGUGCUGCGCCAUGAGCUCCCGGGAGAAUUUGCAACCGCAGAAUGGCUCUGCCAAUCCCACAACUGGCCAAGUUAGCACGACCAGUGAAGAUGGUAAAGAAACAAAGGACAUAACCAUGCAGAUCGACCAAGCUGUCAAGAAAGUGGUGGGGCCGAAGACAAUUGUCCAGAGUCCGGAGGUCGUUCGUACCAUUGUGGACUUCUGGACUUCUAUGCCAAGGGACGGUCAACGGCCGGAGAACCCAGUGUCAAUUCUAGUCCUCAAAGUAAUCUCCUCCGUCAUCGACACGUCGUACUUCAAUCUCUGCCAGGUACACGAUACGGGCAUCCUUUCGCGUCUCCUCCAGCUGGCUUUCACUGACGAUUCAGGCCUCAGCAAGACAGAGCAUGAGGUUGUCCUGGACAUCUGCAAGAGCUUGAUGUCCCUCGGCUUCAACAAACUCAUGGAUGCCCAAAGCUUGCUGAUCAAUCCUUUACCGAGCUCAGCCGAGUUCUGCCUGGACAUGGUUGAAAAACAUCAGAGCCCCCCUUUUAUCCAGUUUGAUCUCUUCCUCCACGGGCACGCAUCUAUCGAUCUUCCUAGCAUUGGAAGAUCGUUCCCACCGCAGUCAACUGGUGGGUACACCUUUACCACCUGGUUAAGGGUGGACCGGUUUGAUCCAAAGUCUCACACAACCAUUUUUGGGCUUUGCGAUUCGACGCAGACUUGCUUUCUCCUUACAUAUCUCGAAAAGGAUACACAUAACUUCAUUUUGCAAACUUCAGUGACUUCACAGCGCCCCAGCGUCAGGUUCAAAUCCUAUGCUUUCAAAGAGAACAAGUGGUAUCACAUUGCUCUCGUCCAUCGUCGGCCAAAGACAAUGACCGCCAGCAAAGCCUCACUGUAUGUGAAUGGGGAGUUUGUAGAGCAGAUUCGAGCUUCAUAUCCGGUGUCGCCACCCCUUUCGAACGGCAGCACCGAGAGUUUCGCAUCCUUUACUUCUAACAGUAACAAGACUGUUCCAGUACAGGCCUUCUUAGGAACCCCUAGGGAGCUCUCUAUCAACAUAGGCCCGGGUUUAAUCUACUCCAAGAUGUCGCUUGCCAGUGCUCAUCUGUUUGAGGAUGUCAUCAACGAUGAUUUACUGGCCGUUCCCAGUCGACUUGGGCCCCGCUAUCAGGGAAACUUUCAGGAUUGCCUAGGGGGGUUCCAGACCUAUGAGGCUUCUGCUGCUUUGGGACUGAGGAACGACGUGGUCGGCACUGGAAGGGAUGGCUCCUCUGACAUUAUCAAAGUGAUUCGAGACAAAGCUGCCCAUCUCCUGCCGGAGCAACGGCUGAUUCUCAGCUUUAUGCCGUCAUCUGUCUUUCGCGAGAAAGACCCUCUUGGAGACUCUCAGCUGUUCCGUGCUCUCUCCCGUGGCCCUGCAAAUACCUUGGUGCAACUGACACUUAAAAAUGGUACCGGUAUUGCAAUCAACACCGCACUGCCGUCAGUCAACGAUGCCCUGCUCCGCUCUAGUGGCGUGGCCGUGAUGAGUGGAGAGCCUAUUCUCGCUGUACCUCAAUAUUUUGACGACGCGCUGUGGCGUCUUGCAGGUUUCACACCUCUGGCUUUGAAAAUUAUCGAACGUGCCUCAACACCUGAAGGCCUUUUGUGUGCCGUGCAGAUGGUAUUCCGAUGCACCAACUCUAGCUGGAGAAAUAGCGAGUCUAUGGAAAGAGAUGGCGGCUACGCAAUACUAGGCAUCUUGCUGAGAGCGAAGCUUGGGUUCAACAUGCCCGGUGCUGAAGCCCUCACAGAACGACUAGUUCUUGAAAGCACGGAGAGGGAAAAUUUAACAUUUGAACUCCUCAGCCUUGUUCUGGAGUUUGUUGGCUACAAGCACCUGGAUCCCAUUGAGUCGGUCAUUAUCAACCCUCUCGCAUAUCGCAUUCUGCUCAUCGACUUUGACGCAUGGCGAAAGUGCGGUCCAGUCAUCCAAGAGCUUUACUACAAGCAAUUUGUUACUUUUGCAGUCAUGAGUAAAUAUCACCAAUACAACAAUCGCAGGCUGCUCAGGAUGCGCAUUGUUAAGAGGCUCCUCGACGCUCUGAAGGCAGAAUCCUUACCCGAGAAUGUACUUCGAUUCUUCAUAACUGCCUUGGAAACACUUGUUAAGUGUAGCUAUAAUACAGAAGUCCAUCGCUCAUUGGCUUUAUUUAUUACCUACGCCCUGCACGCCAACCCGAAUUCACUUCCGAGGACGCCGAGACCAGCUUCAAGUCUUGGACGCAAUCGGACGCUCUCCAUUCCACGUAGGCCUGCGGUCGAGACGAAUGUCGCCGGUCCGAAGGUGCCACAGAUUUUGACGAAAAAGCAAGUGGGCACCAAGAUCUUGGAGAUGUACAGCCAGCUACUGUGCGAAAAGGGGAACCUGACAAUCAUAAGAAAGUUCGCCAGAACUGUAACAAACAAGGUACUUGACGCACAGCUGCCAGCUCACAACUCCAAACUGACAAUGGCCCAGUGGUUGCUGCAUCUGCUCACAGAAGACGACCCGGAGAUUGUCAUAUAUGGCUGCAAGAUCCUUGCACGGCUUUUAGUGGCACAUGGGUCAAGCUACACGGGCAAGUUUGCGGGCAAGACGGGUGGAUUUAGCAUCAUGGCACACCGGCUCAAGCGAUGGUGGGACAUCCCAACAAUUUGGCCGCUGUGUUUCAGCAUACUGUUUGGUUAUGACAUUGCCGAAAUCGACUUUGAAAAAUCCUUCGACUUCUUCAGCCUGAUAGAGACGUUCGGGAAGUCUAAAAUUACGCACCCAGACGCCUUACUCAUCAUUACUUCGAUGUUACAGCAUGGUCUCAAAGAUGUCCUGAAAAACGCAGAAGAUCCUAAUUCUCCGUCUGGUGAUCGCGAUUUUUCAAGGAGCAUAGACGAAAGGCUACAAUCAUCGAUGCCACCAAGGUCACGGCAAAGGUCCAUGUCACUUAUGAAGGAGCUGGAAAGUCGGCAAGCAAACCAGUCAGGCCAAGAAAAAGUGGCUGGCAACGCUGCGAUACUGCAGACGGUGGUUCGUUUUCUCUCUGAUCUCCACUGCAGGUCCGCCGACUUCAGGGACUUCACGUUAUCGUCAGAGUACGUGCGGUUACUCUUGUCAGGGCUAUACCCGGUCCUCGUCAGCACCGCUGCGGUUAGCCCCGAAACAGAGCUCAAUUCUCGUGACUCUGCCCUCACGUUUGAAGGGGGCGAUGUGAUAAUCCGACCAAUUGCUGGGACCUCAACCCCUGCCCCUGUUAUCAGGACAUCUGGUGCCACUGACACAACGCUACCGAACCCAAUGAAAACCUCUCGCGGAACGCCGCUACGAAAAGCGUCGUCGUUCCAAUUAUUGACCUCUCAAAACUCACCACAGCCGAGUGUAGAGCGGCUGGGUCAUGUGAUGAACCCGAAGAAAAGCGUUGCCUCCCAGAGCAUCGGCAACACGGCAUUGGAAGGUAUUUUGGAGCUUGUCAUUAAUGUUUUCAUGGACCAAAUUCUUCAUCGAAAGGAGUUUCCAGGAUUUGGGCUCUUUCUCAAAGUACCCCCUGGAUUUCAGGAACACCAAGCCUACUUCGAGUCAUAUGUGCUGCAAAGGACUAUCAACCACCUUUCCACAACCAUCAAGUUGGACUGGAAGUUGUUGAGUGAGCCAAGGGUUCUGACGAACAUGGCUCGCUUUAGUCUCCAUAUUGUGGAAGCUAUUUUUGAGGGCUGGUUUAUGAACGGCACAGAGUCCAUGCUCGAUUUUGCAGGGCUCCUCCUGGAGUAUCUCAACAAGCCCGAGGUUUCUAAGCUCAAGAGUGUCAGGCUCUGCAGCCAGGCCAUUUCAACGAUAAGAAAUUCAUUCCUCAAGCUCGUCAUGCUUAGACUGUCAGAGAUGGACGAUCCAAAGACAACAGAACUCGAGGCGAAUUUCUCUAUGGAGAAGAUUCUGUAUUGGCAGAUGGUGGUCCUUGACUCUUUAUCGCUUGAGGAUGAUUAUAUGAAGCUGCUCUGCUAUCAGCUGUACCUGAAGCUGGUGGACUAUCGAGCGAAUGUACGUCUAGCUGCUGUCAAUAUUUGGCGAAUCAUGCUCGUCCAGAAACCCGAGGAGUGCUCGACCUUAUUCCGUCAAUUCGUGACGCCGGAUCAAUCUCAGUUGAUCCAAGGCUUCAAGAAGGUCACUGAAAUCGACACGGACACCUUCAUAGACUGGGUCGAUGAGCACCAAUCAUCUCUUGAUGGCAUGUUCUUCGGAGGUAUUUCCCGGACAUGGGAAGAAUUUGCCGUACUGGAGAACCACAAGACGACAGAAACAGCCAAGUCGCGCCUGGCUAAACGAAGAGAAACCCUGAAACGAUGGCAAUCGGAGAUUAUCGAGCGCGAAACCGUGAUCCUCCGUCAUGACAUGGCAAAUUAUGCCUGGAUGAAGUCGAUUUACGGCUCAGAGCAUUUCAAGCACCAAAGGCUUAUGCAAGACCAGCAAGACGAUGUAAUAUAUUUCACUUCGCGGCUCUCCAGUAUGGAGCGAGAUUUGACGCGACCAGGUGCUGUGUUCUACAAGCCUGGCCCCAUGAAAUGGAAACUGGACAGAACGGAAGGUCGCAAUCGCAUGAGGCUUCGACUACUACCAGAUUUUGCGAGGCAAAAUGAAGAGUUCCAACCAAAGCGAAAAGCUAACGACACGCAAUCGGCCUCAAGCCUAAGGUUGAAUACCACCGCUACACCGCAGUCUAGUGUUCCGUCAAUUGGCACGACACCUUCUUCUGCGCUUGCUGACAGUCAAUCCGGGACCGAUGUCUCGAAGGACACCGGAGGCGCAUUGGCAGACUCACAGUCGGGAAAUGACGCUUCAGAUCAGUCUGUCGUACCCGAUGAUGAUUUUGAGAUGGUUGAUGACCCGAACGACCCGGUUGAGGGUGAAGACGGGUUCGAAGAUAAGAACAGAAGGGUUAUGCGACGGCUGGAACAAGGAGACGCCGUGCAGCAGGUAUACAACAUCUCGCGAAUCGUGGGACUGGAGGCAUGCGAAGGCAUUUUGCUUGUUGGCAAGGAUGCACUCUACAUAAUGGACAAUUUCUUUCAGUGUGCCGAUGGGGAGAUCGUCAAUGUCUGGGAGGCACCGGCAGAAGAUCGCGAUCCUUUCUCGCAGAUCAUCACAGGUCAAAAAGCAGCCGAAAAGCGUCAAAACUCGAAUCGCAGCGCACAAGAAUCUCGCAGCUGGCGAUGGCACGAUGUCAUCAGCAUAUCAAAGCGCCGCUUCUUGUUCCGCGAUGUUGCCAUCGAGAUAUUCUUCACUGACGGGCGGAGUUACCUACUUACAGCCAUCAAUGUGGCCACCAGAGAUGAGGUCUAUACCAGGCUCAUGGGCAAGACACCCCAUACAGCCGGUGCCAACUCGUUGCCCAACCCAGAAGAUGCAUGGCGUCUCGAGUCAUUGAAGGUCUUCGAAGAAUCCUCGCAGGGCUUGGGAGCCAAGUUUGGCAGCAUCUUCAACUCAACCCAAUGGAAUCCCGCCAUGCGCAGGUGGCAAAAAGGAGAGAUAUCCAACUUUCAUUACCUUAUGCUGGUCAAUACUAUGGCUGGCAGAACCUUCAAUGACCUGACACAAUACCCUGUGUUCCCCUGGAUUCUGGCAGACUACACCAGCGAGGAGCUGAACCUGGAUGAUCCCGCCACGUUCCGAGACCUCUCCAAGCCCAUGGGAGCCCAAACGCCUAGCCGACAGGCGGACUACAUGGCUCGAUACAACAGCCUGGCAGAAAUUGGCGAGCAGCCUUUUCAUUAUGGAACCCACUACUCAUCGGCUAUGCAGGUCGCUUCGUAUCUUAUUCGUUUACCCCCGUUUGUCCAGUCAUACAUACUUUUGCAAGGUGGGACAUUUGAUCAUGCCGACAGGCUGUUCUUCUCCAUCGCAGGCUCUUGGAACUCGGCGUCAAAAGACAACGGAUCGGAUGUGCGAGAACUGAUCCCCGAGUUCUUCUAUCUCCCUGACUUCUUAACCAACAUUAAUGGUUACGACUUUGGAGAUCGGCAGGGCUCUGGCGGUAAGGUCAAUAAUGUUGAACUGCCGCCUUGGGCCAAAGGUGACCCCCGAAUAUUCAUUGCCAAGCAUCGAGAGGCAUUGGAAAGCCCGUACGUCAGCCAGCACCUCCAUUUGUGGAUCGACCUCGUGUUCGGCCAUAAGCAGCGCGGAGAAGCGGCAGUUGAAAACUUGAAUGUGUUCCAUUACCUUUCAUACCAUGGCGCCAAAGACCUCGACAAUAUCACGGACGCUCACGAGAGAAGUGCGACGACUAGCAUCAUUCACAACUUCGGUCAGACUCCCCAUCAAGUAUUCGCGCGACCUCAUCCUCCACGAGAGAAUGUAAGGUUCCCAGCAAAGAGGCUGGACACAUCAAGUCACGCUCUGGCACGGAUACCCCACCCUCUCUUGGACAGUCAUGAGCGUGUGUCAUCGCUGAUCUACUCGCCGAAGCUUGACCGUCUGCUUUGCUCUUCCCCAUUCCGGCUCAAUCUGCCUCCUUUCUUCGACAAGUAUCUGGAAUGGGGUUUCGCCGACAACAGUAUCCGGUUCUUCUUCACCGAGAACAGGAAAACGGCUGGUGUCAGCGAGAAUCUUCACUUUGGCCAGAUCUCGUGCAUCGUAGUGGCAGAUUCAAAGACUCUUAUCACGGCUGGAGAGGACUGUGUUGUCUCUGUUCACGGGAUCCAGAGCUCGUCAGGUAAGCCGGUCGAGCUCUUGCAGCGAUCAUCGCUCUUUGCCCACAAAACACCUGUAACCACUAUCGCUGUGUCCAAGGCAUUCAGCACCUUCGUCACAGUAUCAGCCGAUGGACACGCCUUCCUCUGGGACCUAAACCGUCUCGAGUUCGUGCGGAAGCUCCCCAGCACCCGUUCCGUGGAGUGUGCUCGCAUCAACGAUGUUUCUGGGGAGAUCAUGCUUUGCUCUGGUCCAAAUGUGAUGCUGUACUCACUGAACGGCGAUCUGCUCGUGGAUCAGAACGUAUGCGGUGAGCACGACGACUUUGUUCAUGCAUGCGCCUUCUACGAGGGCUCGGGUAAUGAAUGGCUGGAGAACUACCUCGUCUUCACAGGCCACAAGCGUGGGCGAGUCAAUAUCUGGAAGAGGGUAGUCAAGAACGGCAAAUGGGCCCUCGAGUUUCUGCGACGGCUCGACCAUAUCGACUCGAGAAGCGAGACGGGUGCCAACACAGAGGCCGCUAUCACUUGUAUCACGCCGAUGCCGCAGCUGGUGUAUACAGGUGAUGACGAUGGCAGGGUGUACGAGUGGAGUUUGAUCCAGAGGGAGAGGUAG